UUGCCUUUCGCCUCUGGACGGCGGCCGGGCUGCGUGAGCCGGGGACCCCGCAGCCCUGCCCACGGCGCCUCGGCUAACGCUCACCUUCCUGGAGCCCGGCGCCACCUGGAGCCGCGGACGGCCACCCGGACUCCGAAGGGGGAACCCGGGAGCGAGGGGCGGCGGCGCUGACACCGCGAGGGACGCGGGCGGUGCGGGGCGCGAGCCCCGGGGGAGCGCGGGCCCCGACGGCGCGGCCACCCCGUGCGCGCGGCGGGCAGGCCCCCGGGGCGGCCAGCCAUGACCUUCGGGCGCAGCGGGGCGGCCUCGGUGGUGCUGAACGUGGGCGGCGCCCGGUACUCGCUGUCCCGGGAGCUGCUCAAGGACUUCCCGCUGCGCCGCGUGAGCCGGCUGCACGGCUGCCGCUCGGAGCGCGACGUGCUCGAGGUGUGCGACGACUACGACCGGGAGCGCAACGAGUACUUCUUCGACCGGCACUCGGAGGCCUUCGGCUUCAUCCUGCUGUACGUGCGCGGCCACGGGAAGCUGCGCUUCGCGCCGCGGAUGUGCGAGCUCUCUUUCUACAACGAGAUGAUCUACUGGGGCCUGGAGGGCGCGCACCUGGAGUACUGCUGCCAGCGCCGCCUAGACGACCGCAUGUCCGACACCCACACCUUCCACGCGGCGGACGAGCUGGGCCGUGAGCAGCCUCGUCCCGCCGGACCCGAGGCGGCUCCCUCCCGGCGCUGGCUGGAGCGCAUGCGGCGGACCUUCGAGGAGCCCACGUCGUCGCUGGCCGCGCAGAUCCUGGCCAGCGUGUCCGUGGUGUUCGUGAUUGUGUCCAUGGUGGUGCUGUGCGCCAGCACGCUGCCCGACUGGCGCUUGGCGGCUGCCGACAACCGCAGCCUGGAUGACCGGAGCAGGUACUCCGCCAGCCCUGGGAGGGAACCCUCCGGGAUAAUUGAAGCUAUCUGCAUAGGCUGGUUCACUGCGGAGUGCAUCGUGCGGUUCAUCGUCUCCAAAAACAAGUGUGAGUUUGUCAAGAGACCCCUGAACAUCAUUGACUUACUGGCAAUCACACCCUAUUACAUCUCUGUGCUAAUGACAGUAUUUACAGGCGAGAACUCUCAACUCCAGAGGGCUGGGGUCACCUUGAGGGUCCUCCGAAUGAUGCGGAUCUUCUGGGUGAUCAAGCUUGCCCGGCACUUCAUUGGUCUGCAGACACUGGGCUUGACUCUCAAGCGAUGCUACCGAGAGAUGGUUAUGUUACUUGUCUUCAUCUGUGUUGCCAUGGCAAUCUUUAGUGCACUCUCUCAGCUCCUUGAACAUGGGUUGGACCUGGAAACAUCCAACAAGGACUUCGCCAGCAUCCCUGCUGCCUGCUGGUGGGUGAUUAUCUCUAUGACUACAGUUGGCUAUGGAGAUAUGUAUCCUAUCACGGUGCCUGGGAGAAUUCUUGGAGGAGUUUGUGUUGUCAGUGGGAUUGUUCUGUUGGCAUUACCUAUCACUUUCAUCUACCAUAGCUUUGUGCAGUGCUACCACGAGCUGAAGUUUAGAUCAGCUAGAUAUAGUAGGAGCCUCUCGGCUGAGUUCCUGAAUUAAUGUGUUGCAAAUCAGUCCUUGUGCACGUUUCAUCUAGUAGAGUUGACACUACUUCUUAUUCACCACGUGUAUUUCCCUGGGUGAGCACUGCAGUGGUGUUGUCCUCCUGAUGGAAGGGUGACAUUAUCCUUCCCAGAUUAAGGGAUAAAGUGGUUUACUUAAGGAGUAGUCAGGACUGGGACCACACACCCAGGACAGUGGCACAAGAGAAAGCACUAGGACCUGGUUUUAUUCCCUCAUCUCCCUCCACCUUGCCUCGCACAGUUACAAUGUUGCAGGCUGUUCUUAAGCUUGCUAUUUGUUACAAUGUUGCAGGCUGUUCUUAAGCUUGUUAUUUGAACACUUUAAAGCAUAAAGGCACUAUUUUCCAAAUGCUUUUCCAUCUUAACGAAUUCAGAAGCUUGGAACUUAACAGUGUUAUUUUUGAGACUAACAUUUUCGUUUCUAAAUGUUUUAUAAUUUCUCAUAUCAAUGUCAGAAGUAUCCUGGAAACAUAUGUCACAUGUGGGAACUGUUUAACAAAUACUUUAAAAAGUUGGCCCAAAUUUAAACUGUAUCGCGAAACUAGAGAAAAGCAAAAAUAUUAUUUGAAAAACUUUGCACUCUUCUCUAUCCUAUCCUCGGCUUAAUUUCUGUGCCUGUCACCUCUCUUAUCUUACAACUUCAUGGAACCUUAAGUAUGUUUUCUCUUUUCAGUUAGGCUCCCACUUUACCGAAAUAAUUUCCAAAGAGUACAUGAUAGCGGAGCCCUUGUGUUGUUUAGCACUUCGUUGGGUGAUGUUAGAGUUGCUUGCCGCGACUCAGAGUCCUAGCAUUCAGAUUGCCAAGAGCAUUUCUAAUAUAAAUCGAUGAGAGAAAUGCUCUGAUAUUUCAGUGUUCGAAACGGAGUUCUCUGCUGCAGCUCUUCUUCCUCAGUACCACAAGGCUCAUAAAGAAGAAAAGAUACUUUUUGAGCUUGUUGGCACAACAGCCAUACUUAUAAGAUGUCACUAGGUUGUCGUAAAAGGAGAAAUGUUAUCUUAGUCCAGUGUCGCUAAGCAGGGCAGAUGUCGUUCUCUGGCCUGACUCCUCACCCUUGUGAAGCACGGUCACACUGGUUACUCUCCUUGCAAGGGUAUCAGACACUGAGCCAUGUUACUCUGUCCAGAGUGCUGGUGUGCAAAAGUGCUGACUGUUCACUACUAAGUUUUUACAGUAUGAAUUAGGAUAUUACUUUUUCAAUAAAGAAUAAAGAAAUCACUUGAGCCCCCUACACACACACACAGUUUCUGAUUCAUGAACACUUUAGUUUGUGCACCGUGGUUGUCAGGGUAGAAGGAAGCAGGUUAGGGGCUGGGACAUACUUGUCAAAGAAAGGCUUGCCAGAAGUGUCCAUUAAAGGAAUCUUAGCCAUCAGUCUAGCUUUUAUCAUUCCGGGUAGAAAAACCAAAGCAUGAGAGUGUGUGGUGACUCCACAGUUGGGGCUGCAACCUUUGCCUCCUGUAAGCAGGCCCAGCAGUUUGCUCUGCACAGCCCUCUAGCUUUGGCAGAAACCGUCACAGGCCACAUUUCCUUCUUGUUGCCAUGAUCAGGCAAUAAUAGCAAAAUCAUUUCCUUUUACCCAAGAUCCCUUCUUUAAAUUCAUGUGAUACUGCCCAUUAAAAAAACCUCACCAUUUCUUCCUAGUACCUUCAUUGGUACUAACUUUACACACUAGAUUGUUAUUUAUGUGCUUUUUGUCUCAUUUUAACUGAGCAUAUGGCCUGGCGUUAUUUAUUUUUAAGCUUUGUGAUUUAUGCAAAUCGUAUGCAGAUGAUAGCUCAUCUAUAUUAUUAGCAAGAAUAUGGUAGCCUUUAAUUUUACUGGCACUGAGAUACUUCAUGUGAAUAUGUAUUACAUCUCUAAGCAACUUAGUACUCCACUGAGCUGGGACCCUCUCCAGCACACACAGUUCACCAGGUCCUCACAGUGUCUGUUACAGAUGGGCUGAUGUAGGGCAGAAACUGGUGUGAGGAGAUGAGGAGACAGAUAGACCCGAACGUGCAUGUGGAGAGCCACACAUGGGAAGCCACUCGAGCUCUGAGUUGCUUUUAGGUAGCAAGUGACGAUACUGGACUGCUCAUGGGGGCUAGCUUUCAUUAAGGAGCAUCUUGGGUGUUACUAACAGCACCUGUUUGUAAACAAGGGGAUGAGACAUGAUAAACUGGUUCAUUUGUAAGUGAGAAAACAUGACAGAGUUGUUUUGUCCUUUAGGAUGCUGGUGCUUCUUAGAAACAGACAUUUUUUUUUUUUUGCAGAUUUCUCUGAAUGUUACUAAUUUAAUUUCAGUUUAUUUAUUUGCUUAUUUUGUUGUUUUUUGUUUGUUUGUUUGUUUAGAGUUAAGGAUGUCUGCUGUGUAGAUAAAGCUGACCGUAAACUUGUGACACUCCUCCUGCCUCUGCCUCCCAAGUGCUAGACAUACAGGUACAUAUUACAACAU